GGGGCGCGUCCGUCACAGGGCAGCCCCCGGCCCCGACCCGGAGGGAUGCGGAGUGGCGGCGGCGGCAGUGGCGGAGACUGUGGCUUUAAGAGCGCGCCCGGAGCCCGGGAGCCAGCCGGGCGGCCCUCUGCUGCUGCGCACCCCCGCGGAGCCGAGCCCCGCGCUGGCCGGACGGGGCAGCUUGCUGCCGGGGCCCGGGCAGCUGCCCGCGGCGGGACCCGUGGUGGCGCGGGUCCCCGGGUCGGGGCGGAGGAGCUGUGCGAGAAGCCGGGCAAGCUGCUGAGAACCAGCCCUAGACCUCUGCUCGAGGGUCCUUCCUCUGAAGACAUCACCAGUGUGUGGAGCGUGCCCCACACCCACCCCCUGCCAAACCACGGCCUUUACCUGUGUCUUCCGGUGUUUCCCGUGCGACCCAUCCUGUGGGAGUGCCUCGUGGGCCACUCCAGAGUUCACUCCACGCUCUACGGCGCCAAUGGUGAAGAUGACAAGAUCCAAGACUUUCCAGGCAUAUUUGCCUUCCUGCCACCGGACCUACAGCUGCAUUCACUGCAGAGCCCACUUGGCCAAUCAUGAUGAACUCAUUUCCAAGUCGUUCCAAGGAAGUCAAGGACGAGCAUACCUCUUUAACUCAGUAGUUAAUGUGGGCUGCGGGCCUGCAGAAGAGCGAGUGUUGCUAACAGGAUUGCAUGCAGUUGCAGACAUUUACUGUGAAAACUGCAAAACCACUCUGGGCUGGAAAUAUGAACAUGCCUUUGAAAGCAGCCAGAAAUAUAAAGAAGGCAAAUACAUCAUUGAGCUAGCACACAUGAUCAAGGACAAUGGCUGGGACUGAUUGGAGGGUAUCCACCUACCCCAGUGUCCACGUGAACGCCAUCCAACCAAACAUUCUACCCAAGCGUGAGAGAGUGACUGAACACUUGGUUCCAUCCAUUUAGGGGCCUUGCCAUCUGGGGCAUUCUCCCACCCUGAAGCCGUCUUUCUGGUGACCGGCCUCUAAAUCGCUGUCUCUCUGUCUCUUUGCUUUGUAUCUGUUUGUGAGUUGAUCCUGGCUUCUCUCUGUUCUAGUGUUGGCUGAAAACAAAACAACAAAAGGAACAGAUGCCUGACCGCAUGGGGCAGCCCACCUUGAUAAGGGCCCUGGGGCUCAUUAAGAGCUGCUUGAUGGCCUCUUGUCAGGAGAGCAGUGGCACAGCACGGGGGUGCAAGGAAGAAGGAAAUGGGGAGCCGUGAGGGUCCCAGGGCUGGUCAGGGGACGGGACGUUAGAGGUAGGAACAAAAUUGUGCUGCUCCUGGAGUCCUGGUAACUUAGGCUUGAAAUAAUCGACUUGUCUAAAAGGACAAAGAAAAAAAAUACCUCAUGACUGCAUUCUCUCUGAUCAGAAGCUCUGUUCCUGAACCAGCUGUGUCCGGUUAGCAUGUGAGCACAAGAAUGCGCCCUAACUAGUGGGACAGGGGCCUGGUCCUCCUGGGUCCAGCAGAGAGUGCAAAGCCCAGAUGGUUUUGAUAACUCUGAUGCCUCAGUGCCCCUUCAGGUAAUCUUCUUUGCCUCUUCAGCCACUGUUGGUGAGAGGAUGGGAGACUGCCUUCUGCAAUGGGUGCAAGAUCCAAACAUCCCAAAGGCUUUGACCACCAACCAAGUAAAAUCAGUAAUUGAGGAGAACAGGGAACAAAGGGGGCUGUAGUUUGGGAGCUCCUACAGAAAUGGCUCAGAUAUUGGGCCAGAAAAAAAAAAAAAGUAGAACCAGCUAGCAGUUCUGUCUGACCUUUUUUUCCUGACCCUUAAUAAGAGAAGAGCAUUGUAGCAAGGAAGGGGGUGGGGUGGGGAAAUGCUGGGAAUAGUUUAGAUUUGAGCCAUUACAGGUUAGUGUAUAUUUCCACUUUGGUAUGCAAUGGCUUAAGUGAGAUCAGCAAUUCUUUGUACAUAGAGUUUUGGUUGUUUUUCUCCAGUUCUAUCAUUGUAGAUUGUGGAAAACAAAGUCCCAAGGCUUUGAGCUUAGUGAUAACCCAGCCAGUAGAUUCCUCAUGCCCCUAGCUAUUCUCCUUGGACUUGAAUGCUUUGUGUGGAGAGAAAUUGUCAGAGUGGUCCAGCAGUGGGGAGGGCUUAGAUAUGAUGUCAAACAUCAAGUUAUAAAUUCUGAUAUUAGCCCCCGCCUCCCAUCUCCCAAACCAAAGUCGAUUAUAUUAGGGAAGUGGGGAACAAAUCCCUAUAAGGCUCAUGAGAGAAAGGAGUUUGUUAUAGUCAACCAACACUAUGAAGUGUUUUCUACAACACUUCAGCCAGUACAUGGUGCAUGACCGAAACUAAUUUAACUGAGUUAAUUUUAUUGCUUAGACUGAAAAUGUAAUUAUUGUUAAGAUAUGUGCAGGUUAUGUUAGAGUAUCUCAUUCUUGAAAGGGGGCUGAUCCUAUAGAAAAAAUUCACCUAAAAAGUCACAAAAAGAAUGAGUUCAUAGAGGCAAGAAUCUAUAAAAUUGAAUAAUCAAGAUUCAAGCAGCCAACCCAGAACAUUUCCAGAAUUCAAACAAAUUCCUCUAGGGAGUGAUCCAUGGUGGAAAUGCUUUUUUCUGUCUCUGUGUGCUGAUUGCAGAAGGGGGACCCGAGGUAGGCAUGGUCAUGCCCUGGAGGUAGUGAACUGUGGGACUGACAGGAAACCAGGUGGCUCCAGGUUUAGCUGUAGACCACCUCUGUAAGACAAUUAAAAAAAAAAAAAAAAAGGAUUCUUAGAAAUUGAAUCUUGUUCCCAAAGGCUUUUAGUCCACAUCUUUCAGUAUUUUAGUAUCCUGGGGAGGUUAAGUUUUCCCCACAUUGCUAAAAAGCAGAAUGAGGUUCAGAAGGAGUAUUUCAUUUCCACUCCCAGAGAAAAAGGUCUUCUGGCUCCCAGGGCCAAGAUCUCAAUAAAAACCAUUUUCUACUUUCACAUUCCUAAGCUGGCUUGCCAGCACAAAAAUUAUAGAUCCCUCUUUCUGUCUCCCUUGAAGGUAGUGGCCUUCAUUUAUGGAUUUUGAUAAGCCCCUUUGCUUGGGGAAAGUCCUGACUAUUGAUACUCCUUUUCAUAGAAAGAAAAUGGGGGUUAAACAUGGGUAGGUGUUUUGUCUGUGAAACUAAAAAUGGAGUGUGGUGAUAUAGAAACCAGACAUGGGGUGCCCUAGAAUUUUCAACAGGGAGAAGAGACCCAUGUGCCACUGUUGCUCCUUGGGGAUGAGGCCUCUGACUGUUGCAUGGAUCAGAGCAGGCUUCAGUUAGACCCAGGUUCUGGUCUUUCUUUCUUUCUUUCUUUCUUUCUUUCUUUCUUUCUUUCUUUCUUUCUUUCUUUCUUUCUUUCUCUUUCUUUUUUUUAGCUAUUACCCAUUGAGCAUCCAGUGGGUGCAUGGCGCCAUACUUGGUGCGAAAGAUCUGAGUAGAAUGUUGGUUUUUCUGUAACUACAGGGGAAAAAAACACAACUCAUUAGGCUAUCCCUUUGUGUCAAUGAAACCAAAAGUGCUUCUUAUAACUUUAUCUCCAUUCAUGGCUUGUCUACCUAAUGUCUAGCAGUAUUGGAGAGACCGCAGCUGAGUGAUGGGGACACAUCAACUCAUGGCCUCAGUCAGUUCAUUCUUUAAUUUCCUCACCAAAUUAUUGACUCAGAGCAUAACCAAAGACCUCAUCCAUUCACCCCUGGCAGGUUCAGGGAAUUGGAGUUUGAUGGUAAAGCCUAGGCAGGGUGCAGGGAGUAGCAGGGCAGGGAGAGGGAGGAGUGAGAAAGGAAAGGCAUGAAGUUCUAUACCUCAGCCAGCAGCUGCCUUCAUUUGCAACUGAAAUCUAGCCAGCAGACCCUCUAGUUCCAUCUCCCCUAUGCUGCCCUAGGUCAUGUGGCAUUGGCAGCCCUGGGUUACACCCAAACCCCCAGGAUGUUAGUCUCAGGCUGCUGAUGGGUUGAUUUGAUAUGAAUCAAAUACAGCCAAACUUGAUGGCCACAGAUUGUCAGCUGGGCCUGACUGAGUGCUGCCCCCCAACUCCUAUGACAGCAAGAUCAUGGAGAUAGGAUAGAGUAAAUCUUUACUGGUGGGUCAUUGUGUGAAAAAGAGGUGUCCCCUUUAUAAAAAGAUUUUCAAGUGGAUAUAUAUAUUUAAAAAGUUGCUUGUGAAAUAUACUUUUGUAAAUAAUAUUUAAUUUUUUAAAUAAUAUAUUUGGUGCUGUUUUCUCAGAUCCCCUGAGAGCACUUUUUAUUUUCAUUUUUAAAUUCUAUGGUUUCCUCUGCAUUUCUUGAAGUAUAUUUUAAGGGAAAUAGUGAUCAUCAAUAUACUCUUUUUAAAAAAAGAUCUGUAUCACGUUAGUCUGGACUGAGGCAGUAAAGCAAUGCCUCUCUGCAUUUCUUUCCCGAAGGAGCAGACUCUGCGCUACAUUACCAGGUUGAGAAUUGAAAUAUUUUCUUGUACCAAUAUUGGCUAGAAAAGAAAAUAAAUAAAAUCAAAUUUAGUAACAACUUAGUGAUUCCUUUUGUUAGAAGAAUUUCCAACAAAUUGGGAUCUUGUUUUUAAUGUGUGUGUGUGUGUGUGUGUGCAUGCACACGUGCACACUCACGCACACGUGUGUGUAAAAAGCACUUUGGAUUGUGCCUCCUGUGUUUUUUUUUUUUUCUUUUCUUUUCUUUUUUUUUAAUUGGGGACACUAUAUCUACAGUUUACACCUUCGGCACAUAAGACAUUUCUUCUCUUUCUCUCUGGUGGUUUUGUUUCUGAGUGGACCAACAGUGCAAACUAUGAGGAUUUUGUUUUUCUGAGCAUGGAGCUAUUGCCAGUUUGCUCCACUUUCGUUGUGUGCUCAACUUUCACAGAUUGUAAAGGAAAUCUGUUGUUCUGUGAGGAUCAGAGUCAAAUCUGUAUUACUGAGAUGUGAGUGUACUCCUUAUGUACCGUAGGGUUCCCUUUGUUGUAAAAGCCACCUCAUUAACUGGUUUGGGUUAAAAGAACAUCAGUAAAAUCAUACACGAUACCUUGUAGGUAAACAGCUUAUUUUAUUUCAAGAUCAGAUUGCCUCAGGUUCAGGAAGAGGCUAGGAAAUCUUAAACCCAAUCAACUUAUAUAUUUUAAGAAAGAGUCUGACUCUUAACAGAUAACGUACUAGUGGUCAAGGUGGAGGAAAGAGAUGUUUAAUCUUUUUAAGCAAAAUACAGUCAUGAAAUCUGCCAGCAGUGAAAGGUAAAGCCAAGAAGAAACAAGCUAUAAUCAUCACCAAAUUGGAUCUGCCUAUAUGUUUUUAUAUAACAUUUUGGUGAAAGUGAGAGUCGGUUCCCUUUUCCAACCUGCAGAGACGAUCUUUCGAUAGAAUAGAAUCUGUCUAUUUAUGCUUGUGUUUACAAACUGUAUUUGUUGGGUUUGGGUUUUGUUAUUUUCUUUAUCUUUUUUUUUUUUUUUUUUUUUUUUUGGUGGCAUUUUUCAGGUCACUUUGCUUCAAUAACAAAGAUAAUUAUUUUCAAAUAAUUUGUCCUCACUUUUUCCUGUAUUUGUACAUAGUUAUUCAGUAUUAGAGAAAAGUGCAUUGUUUCUGUCAUAUUUCAAUCUGUGUUGGUGCUCAUUUGAGAAAAUAAAGUUUUCAAAUAUU